AUAAAGAAGCUCAACGUGGAAAAGUCUCCUCAAUUGGAAACUUAUCUCGCCAAACUAUUUUGAAAUGCAGUAAAAAAAGAACUUCAAGUUCUGAACGAGAAACUGGAAUACGCACAAGAUUUAUAAAUAUUAUUAAUAACAAUAAGUUAUAACUUAAGAACCAGCUAACGAAACCACAGUUCAAUUGCAACCCCGUUAGGAUCGGAUAUUCCAUAAAAACACUUUGGAUAAGCUGAAAUUAAAUGUUUCAAGUCGACUCGAUACAUUCAUACGCAUAUAUCAAUAUUCGCAUCUAACUAAAUAAUAAUCAUUACCGAACUUAAAUUAAUUGCAUUGACUUCACUACUUAUCAGACAACACAAAUUUUUGGAGACCGAUUUGAUAAAGAAUUUGAUAUAAUUAUAAUACUACGGAACAAGCCGAAAACAAGUUCAACACGCAAUACAAUAAAUUAAAUAUUUAUAAACUAAAACGAACGCUCAACCAGAUCAUCUGAACCCUAAUAUACUGAUCAAAUAGUCUUUUUGAUUCUGAACCAAUUGGGAAGGAAUUCGAAGCCUACUCUUUUGAGCACAGCACAUUAGGAGGCGACGAGUACAUCAAUAGAUACAUAAUGCUACCAAGCACUGCCAUAUACAACUGCAAUUGAUUGCAUAGUGAGAUCUAACAUUUGAAUAGCUCCGCAUUUUUACAAAUCCAUUCGAAGAUAUAGAAUAAUAAUUGAAGGGGAGAACUUUACAAAACAUCGGAGACCAAGAACAAAACGCGAGAAGGAGAAAAGCAACACAGGAACUGUAAAGCAAAUUAAGAAUUUGUAUUUAGAGAGCAUACAAUAGAGUAGCAAAAGCUGCCGCCGGUUUUGCCAAAAGAAAUUCAUGAAAGAAGCACAAAAACGAGGAACGGAAGCUGAAGUGUAAACUUUUAUUGUAAGAAAUCGCAUAAACAGAAUAGAAACACGCUCUUCGGGUUGUAAAGAAAACAAGAAGACAAAAGAAAAGCAUAAUAAUGUUGCAAACAAUAAAACAUAUACUUGCCAUAUUAAUAUAAAACGAAAACGUUGAAAGGCGGCGAAAAUUUCAUAAGAUUAGGGAGUAUUAAGGGCAUCCCAGGUGGACACAACAAAAGGGAAUUACACCCCAUCCCCAGGAGGACAAUGUAAACUGCAGCUGCUGGAUAAGGCCGAAGAACCGAAGAACCGAAGAACCGACGAACCGCAGACCGAACCCAAACCCUAAGCGAACAUAAAUUAUUAUAAUCUAGUAGAAGGCAGAGAACAUAUCCGCUGGCAACAACAAACACCGAAAUAGACUAUGAAAAAUGCACAACUGAAACUGACUGAAGUUGACGAUGAUGAGCUGUGGCUGCCAGUAAGAUUAGCUCACGGUAGCAGCAGCACCUGCAGCAGGAGCAACAGCGACAGCAAGGAAAACAGCGACAGCAGGAGGAGCCACAACCAGCCACUUAGACAACUGAAACCAAGGAGCUUAAGUACAAAACACCAGGACAACAGAGCACACCAGGCACAGGGGCCGCCAGCGACUGACCAGCAUGUAGCCUGCCACACGCGCAGCAAUGACCAGCGGCAGCAGCAACAGCAUCAGCUAGAUAGCAGCAGCAGCAGCAACAUGUUGUCCCCGCAGACAGCAGCAUCAGUUGCAGUUGCAGCAACUCAAAAACCAACAAACAUAAGACUGUGUGCACGCAAGCGAAACAGAUUGCGACGACGACGCAAAAGAAAACCAGCCACACCAAGCGAGGCAGCCACAUCGGCAACCACUAGCAAUAGCAGCAGCAGCAACAGCAGCAACACUAAUCUGCAUCCCACAGCCACCUACAUGCAAUGUCGCACCAGCGAUGACAGCACCAGCAAUCUGAGAUCGAAGCACGACCCCUCGCCUGGCCUGCUGCAGGUGUUGCAGGUGUUUCACGUGUUGCAGGUUGCCCUGCUGGCCCUGCGGCGACUCAGAGGGAGCGUUUUGAGCACCACCGCCUUCAUUUGCCACUUGGGCCGGAGGAGUAGAGGAGGAGCUCAAAGCAGCGGCAGCAGCAGCACGAGGAGCGGCAGCACGCAAAUAAUUAACGGACUUAGUAAACACUCAUGGAUAUUUUUAUUGAUAUAUUUGAAUUUAUCUGCUAAAGUUUGCCUAGCAGGAUAUCAUGAAAAGAGACUGUUACAUGAUCUUUUGGAUCCUUAUAAUACACUAGAACGUCCCGUUCUCAACGAAUCGGACCCGUUACAAUUAAGCUUUGGUUUAACUUUAAUGCAAAUUAUCGAUGUGGACGAGAAAAAUCAAUUGCUAGUCACGAAUGUGUGGUUGAAACUGGAGUGGAACGACAUGAAUCUGCGCUGGAACACCUCCGACUACGGCGGAGUAAAGGAUCUGCGCAUACCGCCGCACCGCAUCUGGAAGCCGGAUGUCCUGAUGUACAACAGUGCCGACGAGGGGUUCGAUGGAACCUACCAGACGAACGUGGUGGUGCGGAACAACGGAUCCUGCCUGUACGUGCCGCCGGGGAUCUUCAAGUCGACGUGCAAGAUCGACAUCACGUGGUUCCCCUUCGACGACCAGCGCUGCGAGAUGAAGUUCGGCAGCUGGACCUACGACGGAUUCCAGCUGGAUUUACAAUUACAAGAUGAAACUGGCGGUGAUAUCAGCAGUUACGUGCUCAACGGCGAGUGGGAACUACUGGGUGUGCCUGGCAAGCGUAACGAGAUCUAUUACAACUGCUGCCCGGAACCCUAUAUAGACAUCACCUUCGCCAUCAUCAUCCGCCGCCGGACGCUGUACUAUUUCUUCAACCUGAUCAUACCCUGUGUACUGAUUGCCUCGAUGGCCCUCCUCGGAUUCACCCUGCCGCCGGAUUCGGGUGAAAAAUUAUCGCUGGGUGUUACCAUCUUGCUCUCUCUGACCGUGUUCCUCAAUAUGGUUGCCGAGACAAUGCCGGCCACAUCCGAUGCAGUGCCACUGUUGGGUACAUAUUUCAAUUGCAUAAUGUUUAUGGUAGCUUCAUCCGUUGUGUCAACGAUUUUAAUAUUAAAUUAUCAUCAUCGAAAUGCUGAUACGCACGAAAUGUCCGAAUGGAUUCGCAUCGUGUUUUUGUGCUGGCUGCCAUGGAUCCUGCGAAUGAGUCGACCGGGGCGACCGUUGAUCCUGGAAUUUCCGACCACGCCCUGCUCGGAUACGUCCUCCGAGCGGAAGCAUCAGAUCCUAUCCGAUGUUGAGCUGAAAGAGCGCUCGUCGAAAUCACUGCUGGCAAAUGUCCUGGACAUCGACGAUGACUUCCGUCACAACUGCCGCCCCAUGACGCCCGGCGGAACACUGCCACACAAUCCGGCUUUCUAUCGCACGGUUUACGGACAAGGCGACGAUGGCAGCAUUGGGCCAAUUGGCAGCACCCGGAUGCCGGAUGCGGUCACCCAUCACACGUGCAUCAAAUCGUCAACAGAAUAUGAACUAGGUUUAAUCUUAAAGGAGAUCCGCUUUAUAACUGAUCAGCUACGUAAAGAUGACGAGUGCAAUGACAUUGCCAAUGAUUGGAAAUUUGCAGCUAUGGUCGUUGACAGACUGUGCCUUAUCAUAUUCACAAUGUUCACAAUAUUAGCCACAAUAGCUGUACUACUAUCAGCACCACAUAUUAUUGUCUCGUAGCCAUAUGGGCGAGGUGGUUAUUGUUAUUGGUUUUAUUAUAAAAUCAAUUUGUUAAUUAUUAAAUUAAUAACGAAACUUUUUAAGUAACUUAAACCAAA